AGACGUCCGCCAUCUUGAAUCGUUGCCAUUCGUGUGUAUAUACCUCUACGUGAAAUAAUAAUCAAUUUUGGACGUUUUUAACCGUUUUUGAGUAAAUCCUAUCACUUCAGUUAAUCUACGGGUUAACGGAUUAUUAGAAAUCUUGUUGGAUCUGUAAAAUUUAGCAGAAAUCAGCGUUUAAAAAGAAAUCAGCCGUCCAUUGUUUAUGCUGCGUCUGAACUUGUUAAAUAACAAGUUUUUCCUUUCCGUAAGUAUUUCUUUAGUUUUAUAUUUGCACUCUAUUAAGAUAUAUUUUAAUUAAAUUAUCGAAUUAAAAUUUAUACAAAAAUCUGUUUGAUCUUGUGUUUUUAACAAGUGAGAUACAUUUCGUUAUUUGCUGAUGUAGAAACGUUUUUUAAUACUAGGGUGGUGUAAUCCCCUGCUAAUAAUUAUAUUAUAGAAAAAAUGUACAAAUCUUAUUAGUAUUCUGAUUUGUAACUUAUUGAAAGCAAAUACCAGUUGCAUAGACACCUGCCCUUUAAUUUUAUAUAUUUAUACUAUUCUAUUGAAUUCUUUUUGGUGAAGAUGCGAAUUCAAUACUAAGGUAGUUUAAAAUGGCUUUCUAAGGAUGCUUUAUAUCAUUCUGUAAGCUUAAUAUUACUGGUAGAGACGAGAAUUAAUCCACUACAAACAAACCAAUGUCAUCUUUGGGUAUAUUUGUUUAUUUGGAGGAUGAACGAAUGGGACGAGGAGGUGAUAAUUGUUGUAUUAUACUUAUAGACUAUUUUUAACAUUUUAAUUUAAUACGAAUCUGUAAGAUACCUUAAAUAUUUCAAGAUUGAUAGCAAGGGAAAGUUAGAUUUUUAGUAUUAAACUUGCUGUCAGUUCACGUGAAUUCCCUUUAAUAAAAAACACGUAUAAAAAAAUAAGAGUGAAAUUUCUUGUCACAAGAGUAGAAAUAAUUUCUUUAUAGCCUAUAUAAAGCACGGAGUAACAACAAAAAAUGGGUAUUUUAAAAGGAUCUUGCUUGAAUCUAAAUACUCUUUCUAUCAAUUUAUAAAGAUUCUACGAUUAUAUUUAUAGACGUAAUGUCUUUGUAUUGAAAAGAUCAAGAAGUUUUAUCCGGGUAUAAUAUUAAUCAUCUAGUGUUAUGAUUAAUGAAACAAUUCAGUUCACUCUGAAAUAUGAAUGGAAAAGACCUCUGUUUCCGGUUUAAAACCUGUCUUAAUAAAAUUCUAAAAGAUAGAUGUCAUUGGCAACUGGUAUUUGUAUAAAUAUAUAUAUAAGAUAGUAGUAUGUGUAGAACAAGAAUUCUUUUUUAAAGUCACUUAGUCAGAAGAGUGCUGGAUAAUGGAGGAAGUCUAGUCAAUUAAAUAAAUAAAAAAGAAUGAAUGCAAGGGAUAAGAGUCAAAUUCCGAUGCGUAAACUAAGCGUCGAUCUUAUACGUACUUAUAAGUAUAUAAAUGACGUUUAUUAUGCUGAAAGAGGAAAGAACAAGCAUAAACGACCGCCUGCCGGAAACGCUGGUUCUGGGGAUGGAGAAUCUAAGAAAAAUUGUGUGAGAGAAAGACCUCACCAUCAUCAUCAUCAAGGUCACGGAGGUCCAAAUAAUAAUGGAUACGACGAUGAAAAUUAUGAUUACAUAAUUAAACCUGGUGAACGAUGGAAUAAUGAUCGCUACGAAGUUGAAUCCACUAUAGGGAAAGGUUCUUUUGGUCAAGUGGUUAAGGCUUACGAUAGGGUGCAGCAAGAAUCCGUCGCCAUUAAAAUUAUUAAAAACAAAAAACCCUUCUUGAACCAGGCUCUCGUUGAAAUCAAACUUUUGGAAAUGAUGAACAAUUGCGAUAAGAAAAACCAGAAUUAUAUUGUUCGUUUAAAAUCAAAUUUUUACCAUCGCAAUCAUCUGUGCAUCGUCUUCGAACUCUUAUCAUAUAAUCUCUAUGAUUUGCUUAAGAACACUAACUUUCGAGGAGUUUCGUUAAAUUUAACUAGAAAGUUUGGUUUACAACUGUGUACGGCACUUCACUUUCUCUCACAAAACGAAUUAUCUAUAAUUCACUGCGAUUUAAAACCGGAAAAUAUUUUAUUGGUGAACCCUAAACGAUCGGCAAUUAAGCUAGUUGAUUUCGGGUCGUCUUGUCAAUUAAACGAAAGAGUCUACCAGUACAUCCAAUCAAGAUUUUAUCGUAGUCCCGAAAUUUUAUUAGGACUGCAGUAUGAUUUGGCUAUUGAUAUGUGGAGUGUUGGGUGUAUUUUAGUGGAAAUGCACACUGGCGAACCUUUAUUUCCGGGGUCAAAUGAACAGGAUCAGCUGUUCAAGAUAAUCGAGGUGCUAGGAAUGCCGCCGACUCAUAUGAUAGAAGCUUCCUCCAAGAGGGACAAAUUUUUCAUACAAACACCCGAUAAGCGGUAUAUACCGAACCACGACGCCAGUAAAUACAAGGCUCCUGGAUCAAGGCGGCUCGAAGAUAUCUUGGGUGUCAAUAAAGGUGGUCCAGGCGGAAGGCGACGGAAUGAUCCUGGUCAUACAGAAGCGGAUUAUAAGCGGUUUUUGGAUCUCAUUCAACGCAUGUUAAAAUAUGACCCGAAAACGCGAAUAACACCGUUCUAUGGCCUGCAACAUAACUUUUUUAAAAGAACUGUUGACGGUGCGACUAGUACAAGUCCACAAACGUCAAAGAUGCAACAACCACAACAAGAGCUAUCGCAACAGCUCAAGAUGGAGACAGAAUACGCCGUUUCGUUAAACUGAGUGGUUUUUAGAAGUCUUGCAGCUUUCUUUAUUUUUUUUUUCAAAAAAAAAGUAAGAAGCUGUAUUUUUUUCAGUGCGUGUGUCUUUUUAGAGAUGUUGCAGGAUUGAGAGUGUUUAAGUUAUUUUUAUUUUACUUUGAUGGUAUUCGUUUAUUAUUGCUUGUGAAUGGAUGGAAAUUAUCCUAAUAUAUUACCAAAUUUUGAUAGAUUUUUUUUUUUCAUUUUGUUAAAAAAGAAAAAACAUCUUAAAAGAAAUUUAAUUCAAUUUUUUUUUUCUUUCAGUUCUUUUUAUACCAGAUUUUUUUACGUUCAGAAUCGUUACCUUUUUUUUUUUUUUU